GUUCUCACCACUCAUAUGUCACUCUCUAGAGACAGGCAAACAAGACUAUUGAAGGGCUAAACUGAACUGAUCUGCAGUUAAGAGACCAGGAACAGACGUCAUGGCCGAUAAUAAUAGUUAUGUACAGGAGGAUGCAUUGCUGACCUUCCAGAAGGGUUUCUGUCAGUUAAGUGGGGAUGAGGCUGAGAAUGAGGACAUCAACCAGGAUCUUGAGGAAAACAGGAGGAGAUCUGUUGAUGAAGACAGCAUCUAUCUUGGUAGCACACUGUCACGAUCAUACCAGACUGAAGAUCUUCACCACUCUCCUGUUAUCAAAAUGGGCUGGUUGGACAAGAGCCCACCUAAGGGGAGCCUUGUGUUCCAGAAGCGUUGGGUGAUGUUGGAUGAACAGUACCUACGAUACUUUGACAACGAGAAGGAGGUCUACUCAAAGCGGAUCAUUGCUAUAGCAUCUAUCACUCACGUGCUUAAUGUUGGAGGGCAGAAGUUUGCAGUGGUGACAAGGAACCGGACAUUCUUGUUUCGUUCUGAGAACAAUACUGUCAGAGAGGAAUGGGUGUCAGUACUACAAGCAACGGUUCAGCAGCAUCGUAAAAGAGUGGAGAUGUCCUUUAUGAACGUCAGUGAUAUGAGUGGACAGCAUAAUGGUGGAGUCUCUAUUAGUAAGCAAGGAUACCUGGAGGUGGAUGGACUGCGCUCUAAAGUCUAUGUAGUCAUCUGUGCUGACAGGGUCUUCCUCUACAGGAGCACUGAGGAGCACAACCAGGGUGUUGGCAUCACCUCCAUUGAGAUGAAUAUGGUUACUGUAACGAGCACAGACAAACGGUCCUUUAACAUCACCACCUUCUGCAGGACAUUCAGUUUCAUGGCUGAGUCUGAGCAGCAGAGGGAGCAGUGGGUGGAGGCCCUGAAGGCCUGUGUCGGUCGGUCUCUCUCCAGCAACAGGGUGGCCCAGAAGAUCUGGGCUGAGGAGGCCAACCAGCGAUGUGCAGACUGUGGUGCCCCCAACCCAGACUGGGCCUCUGUCAACCUUUGUGUUGUCCUCUGCAAGUGCUGUGCAGGAGUGCACAGGGGUCUGGGACAAAGUGUGUCCAAAGUCUGCAGUCUGAGAACGGAUGAACAUCUAUGGACUGAUAGCCUCAUUCAGGUGUUCCGGUUACUUGGUAACGACAGGGUAAACCUUUUCUGGGCAGCUAACCUGCCACCAAGCGAGGCACUCUGCCCAUCAAGUGACAGUGAGGAGCGGCUACAGUUUGUUACUGCAAAGUACUGUCAGGGGAAAUACCGCAACUAUCAUGCACUGUUUGCCAAACAGGAAGAACUCAACAAAGCUCUGUGCAAUAACAUUAAGACAAGUGAUGUAUUGGAGACACUGGCUCUGGUGUUCUGCGGAGCAGAUGUGAACUCUUAUACAGGUGAUCCUGAGCUGCCUAGUCCUGUGUCCAUGGCACAACACUAUGGACAGACACUACAAGUGGAGUUCCUCACUCGGAACCACAGCACAGAGAUCCCAGGGUCAAGGGCUGGAGAUCAACCAGUAAUAAAGGCUGCUCUCCCUGUCUCACACACUGGAUAUCUGUUCAAAACUGCGUCCACAACAAGAGCAGUUACAGAGUCAAAAGCAAAAGGAGAUUUUAGUCGUCGCUGGUGCUCUCUGGAUCAGGAUAACUUUAGCUACUAUGAGAAUGAGAAGAGCUCCAGCCGGAGUGGAGGGAUGAAGAUUGGCGACGUCCUGUGUUUGGUGAUAAAUCCACCAGGGAAACAUGGCUAUGCUCAUUCGUUUGAGCUGUACCAUGACACUGGGAGAGUCUACCUGUUCGGGGAAGAUUGCCCUGAGACGGUGAGGGGGUGGACCAAGGCCAUUACCAAGGCCCUGGUGCCCCCCAAAGCAGAGGUCCUGGUGUGCUGGUCCUUUGAGCGCGUGGGCAGGCUGCGCUACACUGAGGGGCAGCACCUCCACCGCCCUUACCUAGGCUGGUUCUCUCUGGGUGGCUCUAAGCUGCUUUUCCUCCAUCAUGAAGCAGACCAAGUGCAGACCAUUGACCUGAGAAAACUACAAGAACUCUCUGUGCACCAGGAGGCUGGUGUUGUGGUGUUGGUGUGCAGAGGUAGGAGCCUGCGUGUUGAGGGGGACAGGAGGCCUGACUUCCGGGGCUGGCUGAGUGGCUUCCUGCAGGGCUCGGGGAGAGGAGACGGCCCCUUGGAACAGCAGCAGCUAACUAACUCCGACGUCCCUGUCAUCGUGGACCUCUGCAUGAGUUACAUUACACAGUACGGUUUGAAGGCAGAGGGCAUCUAUCGGAAGUGUGGCGUGAACUCCAAGAUUGCCUCCCUGCUAUUGUCUUUCCGUUCUGAUGCCCGCCGGGUCCGUCUGAAGGAAGAGCAGCACCAGGUGGAUGACAUCGCCAACGUCUUGAAGAGGUUCCUCAGGGAGGUGGACGGUGGGGUUUUCAAUGGCCACCAGGCCUCUCUGCCAUGGCUCCACACCACUAGUGUCAGUGAGAGUAAGAGAGUGACCCAGUACAAGGCCCUCCUCAACAGCCUUCCCCCAGUCAACAGAGCUACUUUGGGGGCUGUCAUCAACCACUUACACUGCAUCCAGUGCUUUGCAGAUGAGAAUCAUAUGAACAAGCACAACCUGGCCAUCGUGUUUGGCCCCACACUCUUCCAGACUGAUGGCUCUGAUAACAACGCAUCACAGGUGAUAGAGGAGCUCAUUCAGAACUACCAGGACAUCUUCAACGUGGAUGCAGAGAAGCUUCAGAUUAAGCUGGACAUGAUCUCUCAUGUCAUCAAAGCACAGGAGGAACACUGCAUUGAGACAACCCUCACCAUAUGUGGAGUCUACGUGGAGAGGAAGGAGCAGGGCUCUGAGGUUCUGGUGCAGAUCUCCCAGGCAAUGACUGCCGAGGAGCUGGUGUGUGAAGCACUGAGACGCAGGAACAUCCCUACACGGCAGGGGGACUACUGGAGCUGCUUUCUGGUUGAUGACAAUCAGGAGAUGGAGCGUCCUAUGCAUUAUCAGGAGCAGGUUUUUGCCAUCUACAUCUCUCUGGGUAAAGACGAUUACCUGAUGGUGAAGAGGAAUGGUUUCAUGGAGGCCAUGCUCAUCUACAUAGCAGGUAGAAUAGAGGUGUCAAGAAAUGGGCUGAUUCAUUUCAGGGAAGAAAAGGGUCAAAGGGGGAAGAGGACCUUUAGCAGACGCCUCUGUGUGCUCAGUAGCACCUCGUUAAGGCUCUACAAAGAUGUGAAGAAUACUCAGCCUGAGAGGGAGUGUCCGGUCCAUGCUCUACGUGUCUACUAUGGCAUCAAGAAGAAGCUACAGCCACCGUCAUGCUGGGGGAUGACUGUGGUGUGUGAGCAGGUAGAACGAGACCAACAGCGGUGGUAUCUGUGUUGUGAAUCUAAGAAUGAAUUGAUUGAGUGGCUGGCCACCUUUAUGAGGCUCCAGUGCAAGGGUGACCUGUGGCCUGGAGCCACCAAGCCAGUUUCCUAAUCCUCUGCGGCAGAAAGAGAAAUAACAUAAUCCUGGCUUCCCCUCCAAAAGUAUGAAGGGACUGUCGGAUCACCUGUCCCAAACCAAAUGUCUGGCAAAUGGCCCACCAUACCCCUUACACAUCUUCCUGGCCUAUCAGCAUUACAACAGCAGAGAUGGAAAGAUGUGACACCAACCAACCAUUUCCUCGCCCUGGAUUACUAGGUACUACUCCAGAAGGCCAUUAGUCGACCAGAACAUCCACUUCAAGCAAGAUAUCAAAGACAGAACAGCAUCUUGGUAAUGGGGGGACCUGCCAAAUAGCUUGGCUUGCUGUUAUACACAGUCCAGUCUCCAAGAGGGAACAAGUGAUGAACAACCCUUUUCAAACAUAAAUAACAUAGUUUUUUGAUAAAUACUUGCAUACAGAACUAAGCUGGCUGGAAAUACAUGUAUCGAGGCAUGCUAUGAUUGUGCUGUGCUGUAGAAAUGUCUACUGUUUAUUCUCCCCGUUGUGAAUAACUUCUCUUUCAGUGAGAAGGUAUUGGAAUCUCAUUGUCAUAUUCUGUAUCAUUAUGUAGUAGUGGAUCGUAGAGCCCUGAUGAUGGCUCAGCAUCCAUUAAUCCUGUAUGCUUUUUUUACGAUGAACAAUUUUACGAUGAACAUAUCGAUCUAUUCCUAAACAAGAGUCCUUGCGGCCUCCAGACGGCCUUAGAGUAGUGUACGUCUGUACCAGGGAACCUAUGAAUCAAUGCAAAGUCUACUGUAUUCCAUUGUUAAUUACCAACUAUAUUACAAACUGUCAUAACGUGAGACAGUUCUCUAGUAUCUUCUUUUUUAAUUGAACAUUUUAGUAAAAGUGCUUUUAUUUUCAAUAAAUAAUCAUGUCACAACUGUUA